ACUAUGGACUCUGAUGGAUUAGGUCUUUGUUUUCAUUAUGACAGGUGGUGCUGUCUAUGUGCUGGCUUAGUUUUAUAGACUAAUUGACACUUUCAUCAUGGAGUCAGUUCUGUUAGGGUCUGGGCCAUAUUACAGUCAGAAUUCUAAAACAGAUUCUAGAGUUGUAGUGGAGUAUGGUGUAGCGAGGCCUUGGUUUUAAAGACAUCACCCUCGGGUGGGGGAUUUAGCUCAGCGAUAGAGCGCUUGCCUAACAAGCGCAAGGCCCUGGGUUCGGUCCCCAGUUCCGAAAAAAAGAAGAAAAAAAAAAAAAGAGAAAAGAAAAAAAAAGACAUCACCCUCAACAAAACAUACUGUUCUACCAUUGCCAACUGGAAACCUUUAUUCUGGCUUCUAACACAGAAGCUGACUGAUUCAUGAACCCUGAAAGUAGCCAAUAAUAUCUGUUAGUCAUUUGUCAAUUCAUUCCAGCAAGCUUUGUUCUAUGAAGAAGGAUAUCACUUAAACUUUUUAGAACUAGACAGUGAUAACUCCUUAAAAGCCUAUGACUAUUUUAAGAACAUUUCUGCUUGCCAAAAGACACUUGAUAAAUGCAGUGAAGUUGGAGUGUCACAGGCCUUCCCUAUAGUGUUUAUGUUCAGGCCUUCAUUUUCAUUCUCUGUAAAGGAGAAAUAAUAGUACAAUCUUCACAGAUUGUGUAAGGAAAAUGAGAAACGGGGUUGGGGAUUUAGCUCAGUGGUAGAGUGCUUGCCUAGCAAGCGCAAGGCCCUGGGUUCGGUCCCCAGCUCCGAAAAAAAGAAAGGAAAAAAAAGAAGAACGAGAAACAAAAUAUGUUAAGCAUCCAAGAGAUUGGGCUCAGCUAUUAAGAACACGUACUACUCUUUGUUAUUUUGUCUUUUUUUUUUUUUACCCCCCGGAGCUGAGGACCGAUCUCAAGGCCUUGUGCUUGCUAGGUGAGCGCCCCACUGCUGAGCUAAAUCCCCAACCUGGAACACAUACUACUCUUACAGAAAACCUGCGCUCAAUGCCUAGCACCCACAUAAACCUAAAAUUUCACCGUUUUUUCUAAAAUGCAAAAUCAACAAUAGGGUUUCAAAUAUGAAAAAUAAAAGCCUCCAGUGUCUAGGAGAUGUCACUUUAUGUUAACUGCAAACACUAAAGUGCCUCAGACUUUUAUUCGCAUUCAGCUGAUCCACAAACUACAAUUCCCAGAAUGCACUUUCACAGGGUGGCGGUCUGAAGCCAGAAGUUGUUGCCGGAUUUCAGGAGGCGUGGCUUCCUUCUGUCCCCCCCCCUCCCUUCCCUCCCCGGGACCAGCUUUGCCUCUCAAGGGCGGGAGAAUCUUGGAGACCACCUCGCCGAAGGGCGGGGCAAUGACUGGCUAGAAGCCAAUCACGGCGCAGGCUCUAGGAAGCGCUGAGCAGCGACGAAUCAGAACGCAGUAGCGUUGAUCUCAAGUAGCGCGCGUGAAUUUGAACGCACUGGCAGGGCGCCGGGCUCCUGUGAGCAGAUUUGUUCGCUUGCUGAGGUGCUGAGGUAUCUUUCCGUAGGUCCCUCGCAGGAGUGGACGCGGGUCCAAAGGGAGACUGAGGAACGAAGGAAUUUAGUUAUGAUGAUGGCAACUUUUACUCCAAGGAAGAGGAAGCGACAUACACUGAAGGCUGAUAAUGAUGAUAGCCUAUUAACAGAUAUUUCAUCAAGCAAACUAAGAUUUGCUGAAAAUCUAUAUUCAUCACCUAAUAAGAAACAUAAUUGUCAAAGCAGUGUUCAAAAGGAAGAAAAGCCAUGCUCCCACCAACGACAUUUCUCUUCAAGUCCACUCAAAACAACUGAAAAUAAUAUGUUGUCAUUUGCAAACCACAGCUCGUUAUUUAAACCAGUUGUGUCUACUGUAUCUUUCUACAAUAAAAAUAAGCACUACCUCAAUCCACUGGAGAGGAAGUUGAUAAGAGAGUGUAAAUCUAUUUGUCUAGCAACUAAAAAUGAAGAUAAACCUUUUCCCAGUGUGACAGAAAAAAUUCAGAGAAAACCAGUCUGUACCAAGAAUAAAAAAAGGCAGAAGAGUUUAACUGCUAAUCAUCAACCAAAUUACAAGCACGUCAAGUCUAUAUCAAGAAACCUGAAAAAUUCCAAGCCAAGUCAAGUGACCUAUAAGCCAGUUGUGGACAAAGAGAACAGUUGUUUUCCCCCAGAAAAUCCUCCAAAUUCUCCUCCUCGGGUUCUAAGCCAGAAAAUAAGACCACGAGUUACACUCCAAGGUGGAGCAGCAUUUUUUGUUAGAAAAAGAAACUUUCUUAAAAAGUCACCUCUAGAAGAUAAGCCAUUACCAAUACUUUUGCAGAAAAAUGAACCAGAGGUCACUGAAGAUGCCCUUGAGGCAAAGCAAGUCCCAAAGUCCUUGUUAGUGGGAGAGAAAUCAAAUGUUGAGCUACUAGACGCAAGAAGUGAAAGUGAAGAGAAACUGGGAAAGAAUUCCUCAGGUGCAGUAGUUUCUUCAAAGGAGUGUAAACUUGGUAAACAUAAUUUUCCUUCAGAGAAGUCACUUGAGAACAAGACAAUUUCUUCGGAGUCUGUCUAUUCUAUCUUCAGUGUUUCUUCAACGAACACAAAAAGGUCUCCAUCUGAAGAACAGUCUUCUGUGGGAUCCACUGCAUGUACUAACUUCUUGAAACAGACAAAUGUACAGAAAAAUAUUAAUUUCAGAGAUACAAAUAAAGGAGGAAAAGACCAGCUUGUUAUUGACGCGGGUCAGAAACAUUUUGGGACGACUAUGUGUAAGUCUUGUGGCAUGAUCUAUACUGCUUCCAACCCUGAAGAUGAAAUACAACAUCUCCAACAUCACCACCGAUUUCUGGAGGGAAUUAAAUAUGUGGGAUGGAAAAGAGAACGGAUAGUAGCAGAGUUUUGGGAUGGGAAGAUUGUGUUGGUCCUGCCACGUGAUCCAAGUUAUGCCAUCAAAAAGGUAGAGGAUGUCCAAGAACUUGUGGAUCUGGAAUUGGGCUUCCAGCAAGUUGUUCCCAUGUGUCCAAACAAAACCAAAACCUUCCUCUUUAUUGAUGAAAAGAGAGUAGUUGGAUGUUUAAUUGCGGAACCCAUCAAACAGGCCUUUCGUGUCCUGUCAGAACCAAGUACCACUAAAGAAUGUUCUAGAGCUUGGCGGUGUUCAGAUGUACCAGAACCUGCAAUUUGUGGAAUAAGUAGAAUCUGGGUCUUCAAACUAAAAAGAAGAAAACGCAUUGCAAGACGAUUGGUUGACACUGUCAGGAAUUGCUUCAUGUUUGGCUGUUUCCUCAGCAUUAAUGAAAUUGCAUUUUCUGACCCAACACCAGAUGGCAAAUUAUUUGCAACCAAGUAUUGCAACACCCCUAAUUUCCUUGUAUAUAAUUUUCAUAGCUAAAACCAAUUGUAACCACAAAUCUGGUACUAUGUGGAAAAGUUCAGCUAGAUAAAAACUAAUUAGUAUCAGAAUGAAAAUUGUAAGACUGUACACAUGUACAUACAAGUUUUUUCUUUAUGUGUUAGAUAAUUUGUUGAGAAUUGUUUGAGAUUCAAAGGGAAAAAAGAUCUUCAUAUACACUCUUGAGUUCAUAAUUCUGAAAAACUUCACAGAACGGUAGCUUUCGCAAAAACUGGGCCACUUUAAAAGGAACACGUGAACUCACUUUUAGACCAUGUGGUUGUCUCAUGUUACAUCAGUAGAGGCAAAUCUAAACACAGGCCAUGAGACAAUUCCGGAAUUCCUUAUGUAGUGAUCCUACUUUAUGAGCAUAUUGUAGCAGCUAAGUUGAAAAUACUUAAAAGUAUUUUGAAUUUCUGGUUUAGAUAGCAGAAAUCAUUAUUCAUAUCUACUUAGGUAAAAUAAUUCCAUAAUCCCUUAGAAAAUUAAUCAAAAGCAUGCUUAUCAUAAAAUUUAAUUAAGGCUAUUUGGCAUUGUUAUCUGAUUUUAUUAAAUGAAAUUGCUGGUAGGUAAUGAAAGUCAUGAAUCAGACUAAUGGACCUAAGAACGUAAUGACCUUAUGGAAUACUCAGUUUACCUAAGUUCACCUUAGAUUUUCUGAAUUUGAUACUCAUUUCUAAAACAAAAAAUUCAAGUGGUUUUAAUUGUUAAAGGUCAUUUAACUGAUACCUGGCAUGAGACAUUAAGGAAGAAAUUUUUGUUUCUAGGUUGUAUUAUUGUUUGUAAAAUUGGUUCAUCUUUAGUCUAAUUUGCCUGUAAUCCUUCCAAAAAUAGUGAGAAAGUGUUAAAAUUAUAACAUUUUAAUGCUAUUUUCUGCACAAAAUCUUAAAUGUUUAUUAUAUUUUAUUACCAUUCCAUUGUUCAGUGACUUGUGAGAAGCCAAUCACAGUUGUUCUAAUUAUUGCUAGUGUGCAUGUGUGUCAUGCAUGCAUUUCAAGGUGCCUCCAUGGAGUUAGAGAACAACCCUUGGGAGUUACUUCUCCCCUACCAUAGCUUCCAAGGAUCCAAGUCAGAUAGCCAGGCUUUUGCAAGUACCACAUAUAGUAAUAAUUUGAGUCCAUACCAAAAAAUGAAUUGUGGACAACAGUUAAGUCCUAAGGCAGACUGCGCAUUAGAGUAUAGCAAUGGAAAGGAGGAAAAUGAGCAUCACACUAGCAGGUACCCUGCUGACAAUAGCAACAGCCAGUGCUACUGUGUUGAGAUUUGGUUUGCUACAUCAGAAAGGUAUUUACCUUUCUCAAGUAUAAUUCCAUGUGAACAUGAACUAAACCUCAAGACAAGUCCCAGUUGUACAAAAUAUAUAACCACCAUACCCUAAGACUCAAAAGCAAUGAAAAACAAAAGUUUGAAAUUUAGUCAAAGGGUCAUGACAUCCUGAAGUGUGGCAUUUGAAUGGGAUCUUGGAACAGAAAAAGUCACUGAACAGUACAUCUGAAUAAAGUAUGGAGUUGAAUUGCA